AUGGAGUAUGGCUUUGGAGCCCACGAUUACUCAUCAAGUGGGGUUUUCGAAGUGGAACCAAAAAGCUGCCCUGGUUUUAUCUACAGACGUUCUGUAUGUCUAGGCACAACUGACAUGACUCGCACUGAAUUCCGUUUAUUCCUGGAACACCUCUCGAGAAAAUAUCACGGGGACACAUAUCAUCUCAUUGCCAAGAACUGCAAUCAUUUCAGUGAUGAUGUAUGUAUGUGUCUAACUGGAAAACCUAUUCCAGGAUGGGUGAACCGACUUGCUAGAUUAGGUUCUUUUUGCAAUUGUCUGCUACCGGAAAGUAUUCAGCUUACAACAGUCAGGCAUUUGCCAGACCGUCCUUACUUUGAUGGGUCAGAUUCAUUUGCCUCAUCGGCUAUGGAUGAGAGUGAUGAUGAACAGCUAGAUCAUCACUUGUUAAUGACUCCCCCUGAGGGCGACCAAACGCAUUCAAGAGCUCGAUCACCGAGGCUUGCUAGCGAUUCCUUGUGA